CUACUUUUUCGUUACGAUAGUAACGACAAUCUCUGUCUUUUUCAUAUGACAAUUGAAAUUAGUUGAAUUAGCAUUUACUCAAAAAUUUAUUUCCAUCAAUUAACCUCAUAGUUUAUUCAAGAAAAAACCAACCAAAAUGAGUGCAAAUCAAACAUUUAAGCCCUCCGAAGGAAAACGAGAAGAAUUUCGAAAGUAUCUCGAAAAAAAUGGAGUUAUGGAUGCUCUUACCAAAGUACUGGUUAAUCUUUAUGAAGAAACUGAUAAGCCCGAUGAUGCGUUAGAAUUUAUUAGAGAUAAAUUGGCUAUACAUGCUGGUUUGGAUACUCACAAACAGAUGAAAACGAAAUUGGAGGAUGCCCAUGAACAAAUUUCUCAAUUAGAAGCAGAAAUUGAAAAUUUAAAGGCAGCUCUUGAGGAAAAACAGAAAGAAAAGAGUGUUGAAGACCAAGAACCCCAAGAUGCUCCAAAACCUGAAGAUUAAUAUUUGAAGUUGUUUUUUUAUUUUGUUGAUUCUCAAUUUUGUUUUGUUGAAUAUUUUAAGAUUUUUGCCAUUUAUUGUGAUAUCACUUACAUUUGAUCUCGAUAGCCUAUUCGGUUUUACUUUGUUUGACAUUCCCUCUUUAAUGUUUAUUAGAGAUAUUUUUAUUUUAAAGUAUUAGAAAUGAUUUUACUUUUUGAAAACUAAAUCCAUCCAUUUGAGCUGACUUUAUAAUUAAACAGAGAUGUUUGAAUAAAGCACAUUAAAUAUGCCUUAUAUUUA